AUGGCUAGCCAUGCCGAUGUACGUGUUCCGAUCUUCCCUGAGGUGCGGAUGAAAGAUACUGUUAAGGUGGCAGUGGAGGAGAAAUUUUGUGGAGAAAAAGGUCUACGCUUCAUUGGAGAAAAGAUUCUUUUUGGCCUUUGUGGUCUAAAGAAAGAGGAUAUUUUGUGCAUCCAGGAUUUUCCAAAGGCGGGUGUCUAUGACGUUACCUUCGUUAGCCAAGUCGUCUGCCAGAAUUUCCAUCAUGUUUAUUCUCAGCAUAAAGAUGACCCUCUUCUGGAAGGAUCAAAGACAAAAGCAGCCAGGCAGGUAAAUGCUAAUGAGGUCACUGUUUUACCUGCAGAACCUGAGGUGGAGGAGGUGAGGGUUCAGCGCAGCAGUGCAAGGGUUUCUGUUGCUACCACUGAAGGUCCUAGGUUUGAGGAGGAAAGUGUGAAACAAAAGCCUAGGUCUAAUUUUCCUCCAGAGGCCGAAACUGGUGUUCCUAAGGCCAAGAAAAGUAGACAAACCAAAAAGGAAAAGAAAAAAGCUAAAAACCCAACACAGGAUAUUAAUCCUUCCUCUGGGGAGGCCGUAUCAUCUGCUGAUGAGAUGGAGGUUUCAGCUGAGUCAUCUGGUGUGCAGUGUUCAGGGGUUAAACCACCAGAUGGAUCCGAGUUUCAUGAUAAUGGCUCAGAAGCAUCGGUCAGCGAGAGUAACCAAGCCAUGGCUACCUUUACCACUGCCUUCCAUAACAUGACGGAAUUGUCCAGCACCACCACGAUCACUGGAGUUGUGACUGUCACAUUAAUAACAGCCCUACUUGUUGCCUUCUGCAUCUUCCUUUAUUUCGUCACUGUUCUUCUCUACGUGUUCUUCACCACCAGUCAUGUCCGAGAGACGGCUCGCUAUGUCCUCUUUGCCCACAUGCUUAUUAAUGACACAUUGUUCCUUUCCAUCUCAUGUGUCCUCUUUAUUGCAACUAGUAACAACCUUUGCAUCCCGGUGCCAAUGUGUUGUGCCAUGGGCAGUUUUUGCACAGCCUCAUUUCUGGUCACUCCGUACAACCUUGCCAUUAUGUCCCUGGAACGACAAGUAGCCAUUUGCCACCCGCUAAGACACAGUGAAUUCUGCACGGGGCAGAGAGCUAAUUCCGCUAUCUCAGUAAUGUGGCUGGUGGGGCUAAUACCAGUUUUUAUUGAGCUUGGGAUCAUGAAAGCCUCUGCUGAGAAUAAUUUCUACUCUCUCAAUAUAGUUUGUUUGUGGUCCAAUUUAAUUAUAAACCCAAUUCAAAACACAAUCAGGUUCAUUAGCAUCGUUAUUGGUUUCACCGUGGUGGGGCUCACAAUCACGGUCACUUAUGUUAAAGUUAUGGCUGUUGCCCGAAGGAUUGCUUCCGGAAAAACUUCAGCCUCCAAGGCUGGAAGAACCGUUUUGCUCCAUGCUAUCCAGCUUCUGCUCUGCAUGAUGUCCUUCACCUCUUCAUUUACGGAUACUUUCUUACAACGGUACUUUGCCUACAUUCACUACAUUAACUUUUUCCUACUCUUGCUCCUUCCAAGGUGUAUUAGUCCAAUCAUUUAUGGGAUAAGGGAUGAAGUGUUUCAGAAGCGCAUUGCUACAUUGUGGUCACACAUCUCAUAA